UCACACAAGAGACCUACUGUUGGACAAUCGUUUUGGCUUUAAAGAAGAUAGUGAGGAGGAAGAGGAUUGCCUAAGGACACAAUUGGCAGGGUGGGCUAUUGACAACAUGAUCCCCCAUGUGGCACUGGGAGAAAGUCAUCGCUCUGUAAUUGGCCCUUGGACUCCCCUGGCAUCUCGUGUACAGCAUGAAGUUUUCAGCUAUGAAGAUUUCCAGAGACUCCAGAAUGAAAAACAAGCCGUGAUGGAUGAGAACCAAGCCCUUAGGGAGGAGAACCAAGCCCUUAGGGAGGAGAACCAAGCUCUGAGGGAAAGCACUGCACGAGCAGCUUCGGAUGACAGCGGCUCACUUCAAGAGCAGGUGAAGCAAGUUGGGACAAUGUUGAAGACGUUUGCUCGCACUGGGCAAUCAGGUGCAGAUCAGACCUUAAUGCUGCGACGUCUUGGAGAGUUUGGCGAUGUUGUGCGUAGCAUGGACAACAACAUGGACACUAUGCUGCAACAUUUCAGUGCCAAUGUGUCUGUUGGAGAGUUAUCCCUGCCAGGGGAUCUGUUACUCCCCCUAGACACCCAGGAAGAUUUGGCGUUGCUUGACAACAGUUUGAGGCAGGAUAAAGAGCUCCAGGAACGAUUUCUUCGGUUUUUGGCAAUCAAAUGUGGGAGGGACCUAAAGACAACCGUCUGGCGGAUGCUUCAACGUAUCUUCUCUAAUCACCUUCCAUCAAUACAACCUGGACUGGAGUUGGGGAUAAAGCAUGUUUUAGAGACAUGUUCCUGAAGACCAUUGUUCAAAGAGCCAUCCGGAAGAACCCGGCAACACAGGAUGCCACUGAUGAAGCCGUCCAGGUUAACGUUACACGUUACCUGAAAGGAGCAUCUGACCGUGAAGGCGGAAAAAGGCGCCGCACAGCUGAGAGGGACCCACAGCCAACCCCUUAAACCUAGGCUGAUUACUGACACCCCAGCAUCACUGACAACUGGAACCCUUUCUUUAUCCUGCAGUCAGUAACAUCAAGACCCCUAAAGAAGCCAGAAGUGUCAGACUGCACUCCCCAAUCCACACUGUUCACUGUGGAUAUUAUCAUAGUGCUUAACUCUUAUUAUAUUGUUAAACAUAGCUUGUAAAUCCUUGUGCCACAGGUCAGCAUUGCAGUUAUAUCUGUUCUACUACUUUUUUUACCUCAGUAUUUUUUUAUAUAUAUGUGAAGAUGUUUAUCACAGAUACAAGAGACAUCUUGUACCCCAGGUCAGCAAUGCCAUUAUAAUGGUCUAUUCUACUCCAGAGCUUUAUUCUAAAUUAUUACCACUUAUCUUAUUGUCAGAAAUGGCUUGUAAAUGUGAUGUUAUACCUGAAUUUUUUUUGGUGUCCUGCACAUUCUUUGGUACCAGAUAUACUCAUUACUUAUGUUUACUGGUAAUUCUUUUCAUCCCAGAGCUGACCUCUUUAUAUUAUUAACAAUUAUUGUAAGUGUUAUAAUUUGCUUGUAAGCUAAGGCUGUUUUUUUUU